AUGCCAAACCUCAAAGUCCUCGAGCUGCAUCUCAAUGUGGCGGAUCAAUGGCCCAACGCUGGUAUCGAUAUCAUCAAAUCACUCUGUCAUAAGCUCGAACGGCUCUUCAUUUCCGAGCAACUGGUAGGUCGCCAGCAUUUGCGUCUUGUCGAAGUUGUUACACGUCAGAGCUUUGGAAAGGAGCCAUUCAGACCUCAGGCUCUAUAUCUGCCUGGUAACGAUGAUAAGAAGAUGAAAUACGCAAUCUUAUACAAUAAAGGACUCGCGUUCUUAGGUUAUCAAUUCGCCGCAGAAGGCGUUUGCUACCGCGUGAUAGAAGCCGCUGAAGACAACAGCCUGGUACAUACCGAGAAUUAUCGACACAAGACUGAGAUUGCGAACAACAAAAAGAAGAAUCGCGGGAGAGUCGUACCAGAUCGAGGGGAGAGAGACGACGAGAGCAUGGCAAUCGACAUGGAAGCGCUGGAUUCCGUUGACGAGGACGAAUUCCAGAAGUCCGCACCAGAACGAUUUCGUGUUGGAGUUAUCGACGAGAGCAGGGAUAACACUCAGAUCGGUAUCGAGCUUCUGCGCCUGAACGGCCGUCUUCUUGAUCGCGAGCGCAACAAGCACUCGAUUCGUGAUGGGAACGCUCUGGUUCAGUGCGGCCCCGACGACGAGGUCGCUGUGCGAGUCGGCGAACGACCAGCUCGUCGGUUCCCAGUGAUUGUGGCUGCGGCGGAUCGCGGUCACUGGAUGUGCGACUCCGAAGAUACCACUACGUCCAGAGGCGUUGGCGAUGAUGAUAUCACGACUGACGCGGUGCCAUUGACGAGAGAGGUGGACGCCAUCAACAUUGCGCCCGUCCCACUCGCCGCCCAAUUGCCCAUCAGCAAGUUCUCGUCCUUACCAGAAUUUCCUCCAGAGGCCUCCCACCUCCGCGCUCUCACCCUCACCUCCGACAUCCCCUUGCCGGAGUACCAAUCACUCGUGUCCGGGGGAGAAUACUCACUUCCGGUGCUGCCACAAUCGAUCACGCACCUCACCUUGGAACUCUUCAGCUUAGGGUUUCCUGGCCGCAAUCCCAGAUAUCUCAGCAACCUCGCGGUCGCCCUGCCAAAUCUUAAAAGCGUCACAGCGUUCGCCUGCCUGCUAGACGGACUCGAUGACGCCAGCCGCACUGAUGCUGAGCGCUUCUUCGACACAGCUAGAGGUCUGCGCGAGCUACACCUGAUCGACACCUUCGUAAGGCCAGGCUACUGGACGGCAGUUGGCAAGCUGCUCGAAAAGCGUGCAAGGGAGGAAAAGGAGAUCCAAGAAGCUACCGGCGAUGCAGCCAGCAAUUGCAACAAUGGCACAGCGGCCGGCGGAACGCAAGUUGUAGAGGUGUCGUACACCUACCGUGGUCACUCCGACAGCGAUUUCUUGGCUCGUCUACAUGGCGAGGAGAUGCCGCUUUUGAUAGUUCCUGGUCUUGUUGGUGCUGGCUUUGGUCUGGUCGAGGAAGCGGAGGGAGAUAAGAGCCUCGGGGAGACUGCCGAAGACGGAAACGACGGAUCAAAACCCUCACCCGCAGGAGGCAUUCUGCCUUUUGCCAGCGACUCGAGGGCAACAGCAGCCCUGAAGAAGCGCUUUGCGAACUUCAAGCAGGGAGAGCUAGCAUCCCUGAAGGUACUGAAUUUGGGCAUGUGGACAUUGACUGUCGAAGACAUCAAGGAAAUCCUUCUUGCAAUCAGUCCGUCGCAGGGUAAGGAAGAGACAGGAUUGAUCGACCUCACAAUAUCAGUCCUACUGACACAAGACUGGCUGUCCGAGCUGAUGAAGGUCUUGGGCGAUAGUCCUGCGACAAAGGCCCUUGAAGGACUAGAGAUCAUAGGGGUGCCAAGUCUGAGUAAACCUGGUGGCUCUGCAUCGGGACCUGCCAAGUCGACCAACAGAUUGACAAUAUCAUGGAUACUGGUGAUGAAGCCUGGGGUGGUGAGCAAGGAGGAGCAAAGAUCCUUUCGCAAGAAGAUGCGGCGAAGCUUGGCAGUCGGGUCAAGGGAUUGA